CAUGGGCUGGCAGUUUCUACGUCUAGGCAUGCAUUUGUUUAAGAAACACACCCAAGUGUGCUGUGCUGUGCUGUGCUGUAUAUGGAAGCAAGUUCAGCUGUUGCUGGUUAGUGCAGUUCAGUUCAGAAUGAAAUGAAGGAGUUAGAAAACCAUAUUUUCUGUUGCAGAAGGAAAUUAUUUAGAUAAGUCUUUCUUUAAGCUAAAAGUGAGGGAUAUGUAUUUGGAUAUAAACAAAAUAACAUAGAACUGUGCUAGCCAACUGUAUUGGCACCAGGAGGAGGAAAUAUACAGAAAAAGCCUCUGAAGUUUUACCCUCUUUCAGAAAAGAGACAUCAGAAGACCCAGCCAACAUAGAAAACAACCAAAUUGGAAGGUGGCAAAAUAUCCAGAGGACAUCAUUUGAAGCAUCUGGUGUAGAAUCACUGAUAUUCAUGUAUUAUAUAUACCAUUCUAGUUCAAUUGAAAAUGAAGACAGUCCCAUGGAUUUGGAGUUUCUUAAUAAUGCUAUUAUCAAAUGGAUAUUAUACAGUAGAGACUACGCUUAAAAAAUCCUUUCCUAAACGAAAUCCACGUUCUACAGAACAGGGUGAGGAAGGGAAAAAGUGCGGCUACACAUUUAUUGUUCCAGAACAAAAAAUAACUGGACCAAUUUGUGUCAACACUAAAGGCCCAAGUCCAGGAAACAAAAAAGAUGAAAUUACUAGAAUGGAUAUUGAGAAUUUGAAAGAAGUAUUAUUCAAGCAAAAGCGAGAGAUUGAUCUCUUGCAAUUAGUGGUGGAUGUGGAUGGAAAUAUAGUAAAUGAAGUAAAAUUGCUGAGAAAAGAGAGUCGUAACAUGAAUUCACGUGUUACUCAGCUGUAUAUGCAGCUCUUGCAUGAGAUAAUUCGCAAACGAGACAAUUCACUGGAGCUUUCCCAGCUGGAAAACAAAAUCCUCAAUGUUACAACUGAAAUGUUGAAGAUGGCAUCAAGGUACAGAGAGCUUGAAAUAAAAUACGCAGCGCUAACUGACCUUGUAAAUAAUCAAUCAGUCAUAAUCACACUUCUGGAAGAACAAUGUCUGCGAAUAUUCUCACGGCAAGAUGCACAUGGUUCACCGCCACUAGUUCCAGUGGUGCCUCAUCACAUUCCUAAUAAUCCACAUUACAACCCUACACUGCUUGGAAGUAAUGAAAUUCAGAGAGAUCCAGGUUAUCCUAGAGAGAGAGAUGUAAGGCCACCCCCUGAUCCAGUUACUUCUCCUACAAAAAGUCCUUUCAAGAUUCCACCAUUAACUUUAAUAAAUGAAGGCCCAUUCAAAGACUGUCAUCAAGCCAAACAAACCGGCUAUUCCAGCAGUGGGAUUUAUAUGAUCAAGACUGAAAACAGUCAUGGACCAGUGCAGUUAUGGUGUGAGAACAGCCUUGAUCCUGGGGGCUGGACAGUUAUUCAAAAAAGAACAGAUGGUUCAGUGAACUUCUUCACAAACUGGGACAAUUAUAAGAAAGGGUUUGGAAACGUUGCUGGGGAAUACUGGCUCGGACUGGAAAAUAUUUACUUGCUCUCCAAUCAGGAUAAUUAUAGACUUCUGAUUGAAUUAGAAGAUUGGAGUAAUAAGAAAGUCUAUGCAGAAUACAGCAGUUUUCGAUUGGAGCCAGAGAGUGAAUAUUAUCGACUACGUUUAGGCACAUAUCAAGGGAAUGCUGGUGAUUCCAUGAUAUGGCACAAUGGAAAACAAUUUACAACACUGGACAGAGACAGAGAUAUGCACACAGGAAAUUGUGCCCACUUUCAUAAAGGAGGUUGGUGGUACAAUGCUUGUGCUCAUUCUAAUCUCAAUGGAGUAUGGUAUAGAGGAGGACACUACAGAAGCAAACAUCAGGAUGGGAUUUUUUGGGCCGAAUACAGAGGAGGUUCAUAUUCACUGAAAGCAGUUCAGAUGAUGAUUAGACCUAUUGAUUAAGACUACGAAAAUGUUUUUUAAAAAAUAAUCCUUGAGUUUGAUGCAGAUGUCAUUUUUCAAGAUCUUUGGAGAACUCUACCAAGUAUUUUUUUUAAAUCCUCACUAUAUUAUAUAUGUUACCAUAAUUAUAUACAUUUUAAUUACAGAGCAAAACUGAAGGCUGCAUUUAAAAUAAUUCUGUAUUCAUAUCAGAUAUGAAUAUUAACUGCAGCUAUUAAACUUACCAGUUUUUCAAGAUCAGGAAGAUAAAUUAAUAGAUGUAAAAUGACUACAUUUUAAAGCUCAAGUAUGAAACAUUUUUCUUAUGUGUUAAAUAGCUAAAUCAAUUCAUUCUCAUAUGAUUAAAACUAUUUCAGUUUUUAUUUCAGAGACCUGAAUGUUAAAAAAAAAAACUGUUUUAGAGAUCCUUAUAGACAACGAGACAAAAGAAUUGGAGAGAAACUCUAGUUUUGCAAGUGUAUUUUGCAUCAAAUAAAGUACUAUCAUUUCA